CGCAGUUCUAACAGUAUAAAACAUUCGUUUUUCCAUAAAAAAGAAAAACAGUAAUAAAUAGAAGUAAACUAGGUGGUUGCAGAAGGGUGAGUGAAAGGGUUUAUUAAUAAAUAAUCAUGGAAGAGGGUGUGUAUCGAUGGAUCGGACGGCAAGAAAGGAAAUGCAUUUACUGGCGAGCGUCUGCGUGCUCAUAUUGAUCUGUGGCGGUGGCUGUGGAGUGUCUACGGGUGGGACACCUGAAGAAACCUGUCAAAAAUGCAUCUUUCGUUGCGACUCACGCGUUUCCUGCUGAUAUCCGCGGUAUUUUGCAUCGGUCUCUGCUCUGAGGAUGAGGAGAGGUUGGUGCGAGAUCUGUUCAGAGGGUACAAUAAACUCAUCAGACCCGUGCAGAACAUGACCGAAAAGGUCCACGUGAAUUUUGGACUCGCUUUUGUUCAGCUGAUCAACGUGAAUGAGAAAAAUCAGAUUAUGAAGUCGAAUGUGUGGUUGAGAUUCAUCUGGACGGAUUAUCAGUUACAAUGGGAUGAAGCAGAUUAUGGUGGAAUUGGAGUUUUGAGGCUACCACCGGAUAAAGUGUGGAAACCAGAUAUAGUAUUGUUUAACAACGCCGACGGUAAUUACGAGGUGCGUUACAAAAGCAACGUUCUAAUCUACCCAAACGGCGACGUGCUAUGGGUGCCUCCCGCGAUCUACCAGAGUUCCUGCACAAUCGACGUCACCUACUUCCCGUUCGACCAACAGACCUGCAUCAUGAAGUUCGGUUCGUGGACCUUCAACGGGGACCAAGUAUCUCUGGCUCUGUACAACAACAAAAACUUCGUGGACCUGUCCGACUACUGGAAGAGCGGCACCUGGGACAUCAUCAACGUGCCAGCCUACUUGAACACGUACCACGGUGACUUCCCGACAGAAACGGACAUAACCUUCUACAUCAUCAUCCGCCGGAAGACCCUCUUCUACACCGUCAACUUAAUUCUCCCAACGGUCCUCAUCUCCUUCCUCUGCGUUCUCGUUUUCUACCUCCCUGCGGAGGCAGGCGAAAAAGUGACCCUCGGCAUCAGCAUCCUGCUGUCACUCGUCGUGUUUCUGUUACUGGUCAGCAAGAUUUUACCACCCACAUCCCUGGUACUUCCGCUGAUCGCCAAAUACCUGCUGUUCACCUUCAUCAUGAACACCGUCAGUAUAUUGGUCACCGUCAUCAUCAUCAACUGGAACUUCCGUGGACCCAGGACCCACAGGAUGCCGCAGUUGAUCAGGAAGAUCUUCCUGAAGUACCUGCCGACGGUGCUGUUCAUGAGGAGACCCAAGAAGACCCGCCUUAGGUGGAUGAUGGAGAUCCCGAAUGUGACCUUGCCCACGUCCACCUACUCGGGCAGCCCUACCGAGUUGCCCAAGCACCUGCCAGCAUCGCUGACGAAGUCCAAGAUGGAGGUCAUGGAGCUGUCGGAUCUUCAUCAUCCGAAUUGCAAGAUUAACAGGAAGGGGCAUCACACUACUAGCGGGUCGAGCGCGGCUGGGGGAGAGGGGCUGGCUGAUAGGAGAGGAUCGGAGAGCUCGGAUUCGGUGCUGCUCAGUCCGGAGGCUAGCAAGGCGACGGAGGCUGUGGAGUUCAUUGCGGAGCAUUUGAGGAACGAGGAUUUGUAUAUACAGACACGAGAGGAUUGGAAAUACGUGGCAAUGGUGAUCGAUCGUCUGCAGCUCUACAUCUUCUUCAUCGUGACAACAGCGGGUACCGUCGGCAUCCUGAUGGACGCUCCCCACAUCUUCGAGUACGUGGACCAGGAUCGCAUCAUAGAGAUCUAUCGUGGCAAAUAAUCGCCCGGCACUUUAGCGAAUUUACGCCGUGGCGUCGCAAUAAUUUACGUUCAACUUCCGUAUCGUCCAACUUGAUUAAUUUUUAUAAACAAAACGUUCAUUCGUAAUUAAGGAUCGUUUGUGGACAAUCGUUUGUUCGAGAUGUAUAAAAAGUUCCGAAUAAGAUUAUAGGAUUAUAAGUAACUUACGUUGGAUUAUACUUUCAUGUUUUCAUUUUUAUAAUGAAAAACGCUCAGAGUUUCGUCGAUAUUUUAUAAGAACUCCGUCGAGGAAGCGGUGUGAAAUCGCGUUCGCGAAUUUGCCAUGGAACAAGAUUCAGAUCGAUCAAAUUAGCGUUUGAUUUAUAAUAUUCAGUCGAUUUCUAUUGUUUACGUGGUUCAUUUUUGGUAACAUAAUUGUCGACGAAAUGUUCGAGAUGAUUUAUUGUACUUAUCGUUAGAAUUAAUGAUUGAUUGUCUUCCUUGGAAAUCUUCGUCGCUAUGCUGAAGUGAGCGCGGAUUACGUUGGAAACUAAUUAACUAAUUGACAUUGAUCGUUCUUGGAUCGAGCGAUCACUCGAUCGGGAAUAAACAUAGAGCGUUAGACAUCAAAGGAUUUUGAUAUCGAUAACGUUGCCGUUCUAUUAUAACCUGACGGGACUCGUGUUUGAUAAAAAAUCGCGAUGCAACAUCGAAGGGUCGUGAUAGGAAUUUUUCUACCCCAUCUUGAUCAUUUGUCUUUGAUCGAUUGUGGAAAUACC